AUGGCCCAAGCCUUCUCUUCCCCUCACAUCCCGUCCUCGUCCUGGGUGACUCGCCGCCCUCCUCCCUCGACGUCCUCGCCGUCCGCCUCCACCACGAGAACGAGCGCUUCUCCUAUUACGGGAUGCAGACCGCGCCGCAGGGCCGUCGCGCCGGCGGCCUCCCUCCACCUCGGCCCCGGGGAGAUCGCCGAGGUCGCUUGCAACAAGGUUUUGAUUGCGGCGACGGUGGCGAGCGCGAUCGGGCAGCUGUCCAAGCCUUUCACGUCGGGCAAGAAUGGGGGCGCCGGCGCCGGUCUUAACCUGAGGACCGUCUUCCGCUCCGGAGGGAUGCCCUCUACCCACUCCGCGAGUGUUGUUGCAAUUGCUACUUCGCUUGGGCUAGAAAGGGGGUUUGCAGACUCCAUAUUCGGAAUGUCAGUGGUAUUUGCAGCCAUUGUAAUGUAUGAUGCUCAGGGAGUUAGAAGAGAAGUGGGCAACCACGCAAAGGUUUUGAACAAGUUUUGGAUCCUCAAAGAGAAGGUACCUCUGGAGUAUUCUGAAGUGGACAUGGCUUCUGAGUUUGUUUCGGUUACCGAGGAGGCAAUUUCAAAUGCAAGCCCCUCGAAGUGCAGUUCUAGUACCGAAUCACCAAGGGUGAAGAGGCUCCAUAGUUCAGAACCCGAGGUAACCGAGUUGACAGAGCUGAAGCAGGCUUACAUAGAGGAGGAUUACCGGUUGAGUGAAUCUGUUGGCCACACAGAGCUUCAGGUCACAGUCGGCGCCUUGUUAGGUUUUGCUGUAAGCUUAGCGGUAUACGCGACACUGUAA